CUCUCUCUCUCAUCUCUCUCUCUUAUCUCGCCCACCCUCGCUCCCUCCCGCCCAGUGUAAGGGCGUCCCUGGUUGGUUUCCAUGGCUUGCCUUGCCGUAAAGUGAGGGAAAAUGUCUGAUUCCUGUCAGUGUUUCUAUUCUUGAUCCCGAACCAGGCGUUGUUCCGAUAUAUCGCAAGAAGCAUGGCUAUUACAACCUUAUACCAAGUUAAACACCACGCUGGGAUGUGUUAUUCUUCAUCCAAGGGACUUUAACACGGGUGCCUCCCUAUCAGAGCCAUGUCACUGGGCAGCAGGGGAAGCAGUAGCAGCAGCGGAGGUAGAGGUGUCAACCUCCCAGUGGAGGUGUGGCGUGUGGUCCUGGCCUACCUCCCCCUCCCAGAGCUGGGCCGUUGCAGCCUGGUGUGCAGGGCCUGGAGAGAGCUGAUCCUCUCCCUGGAUAACACCCGUUGGAGACAGCUCUGCCUGGGCCUGCCCGAGUGUCCUCGACACCCCAACUGGCCCAGCCGACCCCACCUGGAGCCCUCAUCCUGGAGAGAAGCCCUGAGACAGCACGCCAUCGCCAGUCGUACCUGGUCCCGCCACGCCCACCCUGAGCUCCAGCCCUCCGCCUGCCUUCACCUGUUCCGCCGGAGGAAGGAGAGGAGGGUGUGGCAGGUGGGGUCGGGGCUGGAGCUGGAGACGCUGAGGGGGGCGUUGGGGGUCGCUGGGUCGUACGACCGGGUGGUACUGCACCCCGGGGUGUAUGAGGAGCAGGCAGAGUUGGUGCUGAAGGUGCCUGUGGAGGUGGUGGGGUUAGGGAGGCUGGGGGACGUGGCUCUCCUGGUCAGUCUGGAGCAGCAGUGUCCCACAGCCAGGCUGUCCAACCUGGUCUUCAUGCCUGCAUGGUUCUCCUCCGUUGUAUACAAGACGUCGUCAGGUCAUGUCCAGUUGGACAACUGUAAUUUCGAGCUCAGCUGCAGAUCCGGGCCAGGAACCUGCCACGCCCGCUUCUGUUCAUUCUCACAGGAAGCCACCCACUUCCUGGGCGUGGCCCUCAGCCUGUUGGAUAGCUGUGAUUUCUCAGGAAGUGAUUGGCGUCCGGAGGCAGCCGAGAGCUCCGACGCGACCCGGGGCCCAGGCGUUGAUCGAGACGGUGCAGGGGUGCGUGCUGAGGCGCUGCCUGUUUCGGGACGGCAAGGGGCGGUGUGCACGUGUGUAACCACGGAAACGCCAGGUUGGAAAGAAGCAUGUUCGGGGCUGACCUAUGCCGUGGCGCUGCAUCAGAAGCAUACGUGUAACAGAAUACACAGCGGUUUGCGUUCCGGCAUCGUGGUCCUUGGCAACGGGAGGGGUUCCAUCCGGAGCAACCAGAUCUAUAACAACAAGGAAGCAGGAGUCUACAUUCUGUUCAACGGGAACCCUGUGGUCAGUGGUAACCAUAUCUUCCAGGGUCAGGCAGCAGGGAUUGCUGUGAAUGAGAACGGGCAGAGGGAGAAUGUGAUCAGGGAGAACCAGUGGGGGGGUGCAGACAUCAGGCGGGGGGGCGACCCGGUCCUGAGGAACAACUACAUCUGUCAUGGCUACUCUGACGGGGUGGUGGUGGGGGAGAGAGGCCGUGGACUCAUAGAGGGAAACCACAUCUACAACAACAAGGGCUGUGGUGUGUGGUUGAUGUCCUCCAGCCUCCCUCAGCUGUUGGGAAACUACAUUACCCACAACCGCAUGUACGGGCUGGCCGUGUUCUGCCGGAAGGACCUGACGGGGCGGGACCAGGGAAGCGGGCAGGAGAACUUCCAUGAGGAAGGAGAGCUGCUGGCGUGGGAAGGUGACCUUGACAGCGAGGACGAACGUCUCUCCGCCCGGCGCUCCAUCAGCACGGCUCUGGUGGAGGGAAACUGCAUUAGCCGCAAUGGAGGUGAGACUGUAGACACUGUAGAGCCGCAAUGGAGAAGAGACUGUAGAGCCGCAAUGGAGGUGAGACUGUAG